UUUUGUCUAAUUGUCUAAAGUCUAUCUAGCCAGCCCUGAUCAGUAGGGAGUAGGAGUAGGAUAGGCAGCCAGGCCUAAUCAACGAUGUAAAGUUUAUUUCGUUGGGCCUAAGUUCUAAGUUGCUCUGUUAUUGAUUUGUUUGUUAUGACAGUACUGCCAAGUCAUUGACACAAAAUGUACCAGGCUGUUCACGGCCUUGAUGCAUUGCUUUCAAUAGUGAAACCUGUUGGAGUUGGUAAACUUUCACUUCGCCCUAGAGGCCCAGCUCAGUGUUCCUGGAUCUCUACUUCCGCCCAUCAUUUCAAGAAAAUGGCGCUUUCACCAAAACUCACCUCUGCAGAGAGGGAGACACAACUGAAACCGUUACUGAGCAAUAAGUGGAUAUUGGACUCUGAAAAAGAUGCUAUUUCAAAAGAAUUUCUUUUUAAAGAUUUUAAUCAGGCUUUUGGUUUCAUGACUCGCGUCGCUCUGUUAGCUGAUAAAAUGGACCAUCACCCAGAGUGGUUCAACGUGUACAACAAAGUCAAAGUCACUCUGUGGAGCCACGACGUGCAAGGCUUGAGUGGGAGGGACACAAAGAUGGCAGCCUUUAUGGACAAUGUGGCCAGCUUAACUGCUUGAAACUGUAGCACCUACUGGCCAGCAACGGUGCUCUCUCCUGUCUUUUACCAUACCGUACUCUUACCAGCAGCAAAUAGAGCACUUAAUUGCUGUUUGCAACCUAUCCACAACUAUGUGUUUGUACAUGCCUAUCUAUCGUCAAGGACCAAUCUUUAAGAUAUUUUGUUAUAAUUCUUAUUACAAAGUUAAAAUAUAUUGUUUGAGAUUUAUAA